AUAACCCUCUGCAAGAUGAGGACUGCAGGUCUGCUGUUGGUUGUGGGGUUGUGUGUGUUGAACGUCACAUCUUCCCUGAAAAUCUGCGCGUUCAAUGUUCAGAGCUUCGGUGAAUCAAAGGCAAACAACAAGAAGGUUAUGGGGAUCCUACUAAAGAUUCUCUCUCGGUGUGACUUGUGUCUUGUUCAGGAGGUCCGAGACGCCAAAGGAUCAGCGAUACAAGCUUUGGUUAAGGAUCUUAACAGAUUUGACAAAUCCAACUCAUACUCCUAUGUGGAAAGUGAAAGGCUGGGGAGGAAGACCUACAAGGAGCAGUAUGUCUACAUUUACAGGAACAAUGUGCUGACGGUCAAAGAGCAUUAUCAGUAUCCUAAACUAGAAGGAGAUGGGACCAACGAGACAGAAGUUUUCUCCAGAGAGCCUUUCAUCGUUCGCUUUCACUCCCCAACGACAUUGGUGAAGGAUUUUGUCCUGAUUGGGCAGCACACCUGUCCCAGAAAGGCCAUGAAGGAGAUUAAUGAACUGUACACUGUCUUCAAAGGAAUUUCCAAGAAGUGGAAGACUGAGAAUGUGAUGAUCUUAGGGGACCUCAACGCCGCCUGCAGCUACGUCACCAUCAAGGGCUGGAGAGCUGUGCGCUUGAGGAUUGACCCCAAAUUUCGCUGGCUAAUCGGAGAUGAGCAAGACACUACUGUCCGUGAGAAGACACACUGUGCCUACGACAGGAUCAUUGUCCAUGGACGUGAGAUUAUUUCCGGUAUAGUGCCAGAUUCAGCUCAGCCGUUCAACUUUAAAGAGACUUUCCACCUCACAGAGGAGGAGGCUCUUGAGGUGAGUGAUCAUUUUCCUGUAGAAGUUGACCUGAAGCCCAACCACCGCUACCUCCUCCGCAAUGAGCUGUAGGACAACCUUCAACAAACCCGGAC